GGGGGGGUAUAUGUCAUAUCUUAUUGGUCCUGGUGACCAGAAGGCAGCGAAGUCCUGCUGAGCGCUGAACGCUGACCGGCCGACGUCGGCCCUAAGGGCAAAAUUGUAUGAGGGAUUUAAUUACCUUAGUAAGACUGGGCCCCGUGUGCACUGCACAAAGGCACCCAGUCGUUUCAUGUACUCCGAAGGAGUUCGUUGAGGACGAUGAAGAGAGGGGUGGAGGGAAGACUUUAACGAUGGCUUACUAUACCCUAUUCUCACCUCCUCGUUUCUCUUGUCUGGCUCGUUCGCUCACUCGCCUUCUCCCUCUCGCUCCACCGGCAACGGAAGAACUUCGUUCGCGGAUUUGCGCCGGCCCUUCUGCCUCCUGAUGCACGACGCCCCAAAUCGAGUAAACCCCAAGACACGCCGUCCGGCACGGCAAUCACUGCGUGUCUGAUGGUCAGCCUUUGAAUCCCGUAUAACCGCUUUAGGGUCGGCCGACCCGGCGCAUAUUGCCCUCUGAGCACACCCCAGC